GGAGCAAGAGCAGGGGCAUGUAGUGGGGAGGGUUAACUGCUGGUAUCUUGAGAGACCUAAUCCAACUGGAGAAGGAAGCAGAGCUGAUUGGAGCCAAACCCAGCCAACAUCAUGUCGGGGAAAAAAAUCCAGGCGAGCUCCUGUCAGACUCCAUCCCAUCUUAUAAGAAGUGAGCUACAGUGUCCUUUGAGCUACGUGGACCGCCUCCUGCUUGAGGAUCAACAUACCCAAGGCUGGAAUUCAUCCACAAAUCGUUUCCGCCUUACCAUGCUUGACCACCUUACUGACUACAUCCUACAGAUGGUAGCCAAUGAGGCCAUCAAUAGCAAUAUGCACACCGUCCCACAAGAUGAUAGAGGCGUUGGCAGCAACGGACAGCGCCCCCAAAACUUGAAGAAUGUGAGCUUCACUCUGUUUGAUGAGAUGCCUGGACCCAGGAGAAGUGGCUAAAGACUGGGUCCCAGAGCCUGGAGGGAGUCUUCACAGCCUUAGUCUUAGACAAAGCUUCUCAUAGCUGAGGAAUCCUUGGCCUCUGUCAUCAGUAAAUAAACGAGUUAAAUUAA